GUUGAAAUUUGUUUUGCUCCGAAUUUUUUCAAGUAUAAUGUGCCAAUAUGGUGGUAAAUUGCUGCGAUCUGUUUGGCUACUGAGAAAAGGCUGGAAAUUGUUCCAACGAAAAAAAUAAAAGAGGAAAAUCUUGCUGUGCAUUAUUUGUGUUUUUUGAAGCAUUACGUUAUGACUGCUUGAUUUAUUUGAAGUUUCUUGAUAUUGAGCAGUUUGCUCUUAGCGCUGAAUUUCUCAAGUAUAAUGUGACAUUAUGUUGUUAAUUUUAAAUGAAUUAUUGUUGACGUGUUGCAAUAUAUUUUGGUUACUGAGAGAGUGCUGGAAAAUAUUUGUACAGUUUUUGAAGAGAAGUAAGGAUCAGAAUAACUGUUUCCAUUAGUUGUAAUUUUCUGCUUUAAGAAUUUAAUUAUAAUUUUCGAUAUUUGUACAUUUCUUGCACCUACAGCGAUAUAGUAUAUGUAUUUUGUCUUCUAAUCUUUUUUUGGUUUGGUUUACAAGAUCAUGUUAAAAGAAACUGAUUGUUUUGUUUUAACAGGAUUGUCAAAUCUGAAGAGGACACACAUCGCUUAUCUUGGAAUCUGAGUUUCAUAUGUUGAUUAUUCAUCUCUGCUUUCCUGAAGAAUUAGUGACUAGUAAUCCACCAUGAACUGGAAUCAGCAAAUGGAAAUUCAUUACACGAACGCUGCUAUGCCUUAUAAUUCAAUUGGAAGCUUUAUGGAUUUCUUUGGAGGUGCUACAUAUGACCAUGUAAAUUAUAUAUUUGCCGAUCCUCCAUAUGGUCAGGAGAGUUUAUACCCAUCCAUCAGUACCAAUCCCUACAAAUUUGGGUACUCCGAAGCAGGUAGUUUCUCAUAUUACGAAUAUGGUCAUGAAUAUGUGGUUAAUGAUCAUGUAUCUGGAAUCGAGGAGCAUGAUAGACAUUUAGAGAACCCUUCAACCGCCACCGGUGACCAGAAUGUAGCUGCAAAUGUGCAUAGAGAAGAAAUUUCAGGCUCCAAUUUACGCACUAAUUCUGUGGAAUGUCCUAGGGGUCAAAUUAAUACUCGUGACAGUGAGGUUGUUUGGCAAGAUAAUAUCGACCCUGACAACAUGACCUAUGAGGAAUUACUCGAAUUGGGGGAGGCUGUUGGAGCUCAAAGCAGAGGUCUUUCCCAAGAUCAGAUCUCCUUUCUUCCAAUCACAAAGUUUAAGUGUGGCGUAUUCUCAAGAAAGAAAUCAAGAAAGGAAAGGUGUGUCAUCUGCCAGAUGGAGUACAAACGAAAUGACCGACAGAUCACUCUUCCCUGCAAACAUCUCUAUCAUGCUGGUUGUGGCAGCAGAUGGCUAAGUAUCAACAAAGCUUGCCCAAUUUGCUACUCGGAAGUGGCGAUUGAUACAUCGAAGCGGUGAAGCAAAUAACAAGCACCAUAGGGAACUGGCUUCAUAUUUUUCUUCUUGGUCACAGCAUUUUCCUUUUUUUCUUUUCGUUCACGUUCUCCUUAUAGAUCUUAUUUUUCCUGUUGCUUCUGUGUUACAUUAGAGAAAUAUAGUCUAGUGGUAAAUAAGAACAGAAAGAAACACCACGUUUGACAGUUUCGUUAGAUGUUGGAGCUUAGUACCACAUGUUCUGUUUUGAACAUUAGCCAUGAUCUCAGAACUUUGUCACAGAAAGAAUGUCUACUUUUACUUUCACUGUCCCGAUUCUAUUGCCUGGGAGAAAUACGAAGAGGAAUGAACCUUUUGUUUUUGUUUUUCUGCCUCAAAUAGAUUCUUGUGAGAUCUGUUAUGAAAAUGAGAUUUUGCAGUUGAA